UGCGCGCCCACUGCUCUACUAUGCACGCUUGCACGAUCGUUGGCCGUCGCACUUGGGACGGCUUAGCCUUGAGCCCUUCACUCUCUCUCUUAACACCAUGAAUGUUCAUCCUAGCUUGAUGCUUCCGUGCCUCUUUAGUCGUCCACUUGCAUGAUCAUGCCACCAUAUAGCACUCUGCUACUCUGUUCCUGCACUGGAGAUACUGUCCGUUGUUUCAGUCAACUACUUUCCAUGUGUCUUCUGGUUCCUAGCCAUCUAAGGCAGAGUUACUUCUGAUUCCACAGUUGGAGUAGUUCUUCUCAUGUUCCUGUGUGGCCAACGGAAGCAAUAUACUGUAUUUUCAAGUCUCCCCUUGUGCUGAUUCUUCAGUCAGAUACGGUGUUAUUUGCUUUGGUCUAGACUACAGUUUGUCAAUGUGUCCUGUAGAGGAUGGAUAUAGUUCAAAGCGUUAAAUUACUCGAGACAAUCAAACUCAUGACUUGUCUGCGUCUCAGGUAUACUGCUUUGCCAAAAGUAUCAAGCUUUAAUUUUAUCUAGUGAUUAACAAAGCCUUCUCCGAUCCUACCUACUGGCCACACUUUUAGGGAUUAUGCUGCUUUAGCCACUUGCAUGCACUCUUGAUCCAGAAGCUUGAUCCGCUUUCCCCCAAACCUUCUUGCUCUCGAGCUUCUGCACACCUCCACAGUCAUGUUCCUGAGAUGAACAGUCCUCGGGCACAAACCAACUGAUCACUAGAAAUUUACACCAGCCUCUUCAGCUACCGUUGCCAAGAACUCUCUUCAUCAUGAGCUCGACAUGGCAUGGGCAAACAGUGUGUCGCUUUCGCUGCACGCACGCCGGGGCCCGUCAUGUUGCCACCCGAUCCAAUCAUGAGCAGGGCAGCAGCAAACCGAACCAAAACACAGAGAUCGCGAGGAGGCGAGGCGGCCAAUCAGAUUUGCGGCUGCGUUUUCAUCAGCAUGUGCCCGGCGACAUGGAUAUCUAUUUGGUACAAACUUUAUUAGAGUCGACAGGGACCUGCCCCCCGGCUCUUGACCGUAUCCACAAGUUCAAAGAUUUCCCCCCAUGUGUCGCGCCGCCGGCAGCAGUGCACGGCCGUCGCCGUCGCCAGGCAUGGAAUGCACAUGGUGUUCGAGAAAGAAACUUUCGGCCGCACCAAACAUGCAGACAUGUCGUCGGCCUUUUCUGUCAAUUUUUCUUUCUCGGAACAAGAACUCCAGUGGAGAUCCCGGCGCAGCACCGAGGGGACGCGGUGAGCAGCCUGGUGUACGAGGCGAACGCGCGCGUCCGGGACCCGGUCUACGGCUGCGUGGGCGCCAUCUCGUCGCUGCAGCAGCAGGUGGAGGCGCUCCAGGCGCAGCUGGCGCUGGCGCAGGCCGAGGUGGUCAGGCUCAAGAUGAGCAACGACUACAUCGUGCACCGGCUCAAGGCGGCGCGCGGCGGAGGAGGAGGGGGCAGCAGCUACGCCGGCUCGCCGUCGUCCAUGUCCUCCCCCAAGACGGCGGAGCCGGAAGCGCACUGCAAGGCGACGCCGGAGCUGCUGGACAUGGUGGUGGACCAGCCCGACAUGGACGACGCCCAGUUCUGGUCCUACUAGGAUUGGAGGCGCUGCAUCAGGUGCUUCUGGGUCAGGUCAAGCUAGGUUCUUUUUAGCUGAUUUAGUGUGUGAUCAGGUGCUGUUUUUGAGUCACAGAUGAUGGUCUGGUAGUAGUAUUGGUAUAUAGUAUCAGGUAUAUGGUGCGCGCGCGCUGUAACAGCGUGGCACUAGGAGGAAGGGAGAUGAGCGUAGAGGCCUUCUCCCAUACCUUCUUCUAGUAUGUCCAGGGCUUGUUUUUUGGCUGUCCUUCCAUGACGAGGUGGAACACCGUUACAGUAAUUGGUGUGCAUCAUGCAAUGCAUUGCAAGAACCUUUCCCUUGCUCGUAGCAUUUGCUUGGUUAAACAGUUGAACUCUGCCAUGGAAAAUGCAGAUAACUUUUAGUAUC